UACGCAAUGCAAUCCGACCGAGUCACGGUGGAAUAGAUAGCUGCAGGAAGCUAGUGUUGUCCUAUCCUGUCCUGUCCUCUCGCUCUUCUUCUUCCUCUAUCCGCCUCCUCUCUAGCUUGGGUCAUCCUCUUGCUCAGCCCUGCUUCCAGCUCCUCCUCUUCCUCCUGCAGAAGCACGAGAAGAAGAUGGACAAGUACGAGCCGGUUCGGGAGAUCGGGGCGGGCAACUUCGGUGUGGCGAAGCUGAUGAGGAACAAGGAGACGCGCGAGCUGGUCGCCAUGAAGUUCAUCGAGAGAGGGAACAGGAUCGACGAGAACGUGUUCCGGGAGAUCGUGAACCACCGGUCGCUGCGGCACCCGAACAUAAUCCGGUUCAGGGAGGUGGUGGUGACGCCGACGCACCUGGCGAUCGUGAUGGAGUACGCGGCCGGCGGCGAGCUAUUCGAGCGCAUCUGCGAGGCCGGGAGGUUCCACGAGGACGAGGCGAGGUACUUCUUCCAGCAGCUGGUGUGCGGCGUCAGCUACUGCCACGCCAUGCAGAUCUGCCACCGCGACCUCAAGCUGGAGAACACGCUGCUCGACGGCAGCCCGGCGCCGCGCCUCAAGAUCUGCGACUUCGGCUACUCCAAGUCCUCCGUGCUCCACUCCCGCCCUAAGUCCACCGUCGGCACCCCCGCCUACAUCGCCCCCGAGGUGCUCUCCCGCCGCGAGUACGACGGCAAGCACGCCGACGUCUGGUCCUGCGGCGUCACCCUCUACGUCAUGCUCGUCGGAGCCUACCCCUUCGAGGACCCCAGGGACCCCAAGAACUUCAGGAAGACCAUCUCCCGCAUCAUGUCUGUCCAGUACAAGAUCCCCGAGUACGUGCACGUCUCCCAGCCCUGCCGCCAUCUCCUCUCCCGCAUCUUCGUCGCCAAUCCAUACAAGCGCAUCACCAUGAGCGAGAUCAAGAGCCACCCCUGGUUCCUCAAGAACCUGCCGCGCGAGCUCAAGGAGGAGGCGCAGGCCGCCUACUACAACCGCCGCGCCGACCAAACCAGUGGCAGCGCCAGCACCAGCACGAGGGCCGGGGCCGGCGCCAGCGCGCCCGCUGCUGCCUUCUCGCCGCAGAGCGUGGAGGACAUCAUGAGGAUCGUGCAGGAGGCGCAGACGGUGCCCAAGCCCGACAGGCCGGUCUCCGGCUACGGGUGGGGCACCGACGACGAGGAGGAGGAAGAAGCAGAGGAGGAGGAGGAAGAAGAAGAGGACGAGUACGAGAGGACGGUACGCGAGGUCCACGCGAGCGGGGAGCUGGACAUGGCCAGCCUCCGAAUCUGAGUCACUCUUAUUCUGACCAACCAACCAAGAUCGUUUCAGCUGCGCGCACUGAUUGUCACUGCAUUUUCUCAUACUCCAUAGAUAGAUUGAUGGAUAGAUAGACAAGACACUCUCUGCUUGUGAUCACCUACCUCUUCACGAUUAAGAGUAGGAGGGAGCAUUCAUCGAUGUAAUCUUCUACUACUAUCAUCUCUCUGCUUGUGAUGACACGAGAGAGAUCAAUGCAUGAUGUAAUUGCAGGGGGAAUCUGAACCAAAACCCAUCUGCCGUAUUUUGGGGCACAAUCAUUGGAUGGAUUGUUCACUGUAA